CUCGAUCCGAAGCAGCUACAGCAACUAUGUGCUUUCAACUCCAGGACUCUUAAGUCCAUCGAGAUCUGCAUACAUGAGCUGGUUCACCAACAAGCCCUCACACAUCCAGCUCGUGAGGCUAUCGCUGCCUGGAACGGAGGAUUGACCUUCGCCGCUCUCGAUCGCCUCUCGUCCUCUCUUGCAUCCUAUUUGUGUGACUGUGGAGUCACAUUGGGAGACUUCGUUCCGGUUUGCUCGGAGAAAUCUCGCUGGUAUCCUGUAGCGUUACUGGGCGUUCUAAAAUCUGGAGCUGCAUUUGUGCCCUUGGAUCCAUCCCAUCCCGCUCAGCGCUUGGAGGAAAUCUAUCGAAGGGGUUCUGCAAACGUGAUGAUCGCCACGAAGGCCACAGCCGCGAAAGUGAAUUUUGGUGGAAAGACCAUCGUGAUCGAUGACGACAAUGACACCACGUUCUCAACAGUUUUGACGGGUUUGAGGCCCUUACCCAAGAUCACAUGCGACAAUACUGCCUAUGUGGUCUUCACGUCGGGCACUUCCGGCAAACCCAAAGGAGUGGUUGUCGAGCACCGAUCUCUUUCGACCAGUGUAUUGAUGAACAGUGCUGCACUGAAUAUACGAGAGAGCACUCGUGUCUUCCAGUUUGCCUCCCAUGCGUUUGAUGCAUCUUUGCUGGAUAUCUUUGCCCCUUUGGUGAUGGGCGGAUGCGUAUGUAUACCGUCAGAACAGGAGCGGAAAAACAAUCUAGGGGAAGCCUGUCGACGCAUGGACUGUACAUGGUCUUUCUUGACUCCAUCUCUCACGCGGGUGUUGGAGCCGGAGGACUUAUGCACUUUGCAAACACUGGUAAUUGGAGGCGAGGCUCUGCGAGAAGGCGACGUCGAGAAAUGGAUGCCUCAUGUACAAUGCAUCAGCGGUUACGGUCCUACCGAGUGCACAAUCGGAUGCAUGGCAACGACUCUACGACUUGAUCAAAAGCCAGACCCCACCGAGCUGGGAAGAGGCGUGGGAGUCAACUGCUGGGUUAUUGACCCUACGAGCCACAAAUUGACUGCACCGGGCGAGGUCGGAGAAUUAUUGCUGGAGGGUCCCAUGGUUGCACGCGGAUAUCUCAACGAUCCACGUACGGCUGAGGUGUUUAUCACGCCACCUGAAUGGUACCAAAAAUUGAUGCCCCAAGAAAGUCGUUGGCGUAUGUAUAAAACAGGAGACCUGGUCGUUUUCAACGCCGCGAAGAACUCGAUCCAGUACAUUGGACGAAAGGAUAUGCAGAUAAAGCUCCACGGCCAGCGUCUCGAUACUGGAGAAGUGGAGCAUCACAUUAAAUUACUGGCUCCUGACGCCGUCGACGUUGUGGUUGACAUGCUGUCUGGCUCAGAGGAGUCUUCUGCCUCAAUCCUGAUCGCAUUCCUUGUGCUGAAGUCACGCCAAACCGGGGAACACGGUUCCAAGACCGACUGGCUGGAGGAACCGACGGAAGAGCUGUAUACAAAGGUGGAAAUGCUUCAAGCGAAGUUGGCCGAGUUGCUUCCCGAGUACAUGGUUCCCAGGGCAUUCCUGCCCUUGCUCUCAAUGCCUCUUACGAGCAAUGGAAAGAGCGACCGGAAAAUGCUUCGCAAGUUGGCCGCAGGCCUGACACAGAAUGAGCUCCGUCGAUAUUCUGGGGGCUUUGCCGCGAAGAAAAGCAUGCCCUCCAGCUCAAUGGAGCGAAAGCUCCAGCUGCUGUGGUCCAGAGUCCUCGACAUCAGCCCCGACAAUAUAGGCCUCCAAGAUAGCUUCUUUGGUCUCGGUGGUACCUCUGUGGCAGCGAUGAAGCUUGCCGGUCUGGCAAGAAAGGAAGGGUUGAAACUAGAUAUAGCGGAUUUAUAUGGCCACCCAGCCCUCGGAGACAUGGUGAAACGAGUUUAUACUGUCUCAAAGUUGAGUACGAUCCAGCCCUUUGGUCUCAUUUCCACUCGUGAUGCACAAGCAUGUGUCAUUGAGCAAGCCACGCGUCAGUGUGGACUAGAUCACGAAAAGGAGAUUGGAGACAUUUAUCCUUGCACACCCUUACAGCAAGGACUUAUUGCGCUUGCAGCCAAGAAGCCAGGCUCAUAUAUUGGCGUCUUCCGAUAUGAGAUACCCAUGCAGGUAAAUGCCUACCGGUUUCGAUCCGCUUGGAAUGUGUUGGUGCACGCCCAUCCGAUUCUUCGAACUAGAUUUAUCCAGACUAGCAACGGUGAAGUUUAUCAGGCCGUAGUUUGCCGAGAAGUUGCGCUGGAGGUUAAGUCACGUAACCCUGAAGAACCACAGAUUUGGGAUACUUCGCUUGCCUGCGAGAUGGGAAGGCCCUGGAUUCGUGCCCGACUUGAGGUGGGGUCUUCGUCGCAGCUGCCAAUCUUCACGCUGAUUGUGCAUCACACCUUGUCUGAUGGCUGGGGCCUUUCUGUGCUUCUUCGGGAUCUCGAAGCGGCGUACAAUGGGAACAACCUGGAAAAGAAGCCAUUCAGCCCUUUCAUUGGGUACAUUGGCGUUACAUCUGCUGAAAGGGAGGCAUUCUGGAAAGGUCGCUUCACCGAAGUGCGCAGCGUAAGCUUUCCUUCGCUACCCUCACCGGCUUACACCCCGACGUCCACGGUAAUGCAAGCGAUUCAAAUUCCCGUCGGCAAGAGCAAUCGAAGUGAGUAUACACUUGCCGACAAACUGAAGUUAGCCUGGGGAAUUCUCGUUGCACUCUACACCGACACGUCCGAUGUCGCUUUUGGCCUCACGGUUCAUGGCCGUGGUGCCCCUGUGCUUGGGGUCGAGGACAUUACUGGUCCAACAAUCGCUACCAUUCCUCUCAGACUAGUUCUGGAACCCGAUAUGACCGUGAAAGCGAGCCUCAAGCAGCUACGUCAAUUUUACCUGGAUGCAAGUCCGUAUGAGCAGAUAGGGCUUCAAAAUCUGCGGCGGCUGAGCGAGGGAGCCAGCAAAGUCUGUGAUUUUCAGAGCCACAUUGUCAUCCAACCAGAGGAGACCGGCGGUGAUUGGAUGUUUGCUAGAAAGCAGGACCAAUCAGCCAUAGGGGCAUUCAGCUCCUACGCCAUUACCAUGAUCUGUCAGCAAGGGCCUGGUAUGAUACAGAUUGAGGCAACGUUCGAUCCGCACGUUGUACCUCACGUGCAGAUGGACCGUAUGCUGAAGCAGCUUAGACAUAUCAUGCAAGUCUUAACGAACGGGUCUGAAGAGACUGGUCUAUGCGAGCUGGACACUAUCUGUCCCGAGGACUGGUCGCAAUUAAAACAAUGGAAUGGCGCACUCCCGGAGACAGUGCAGGUAUGUGCUCAUGAAUGGAUCCAGAAGCGAGGUCUCACUCAACCUAAUUCCCCCGCUGUGUGUGCCUGGGAUGGUAAUUUUACGUACCGAGAGAUGGAUCAGAUCUCAUCUGAAAUGGCGGCCUAUCUCGGGGGUCAAGGCGUGGGUCCCAAUGUAUUCAUCCCUCUAUACUUCGAGAAAUCCCGCUGGAUCAGCAUCGCAAUGCUUGCAGUGAUGAAGGCGGGGGGCGCAUUUAUUCUACUGGAUGACUCCCAUCCAACACAGAGGCUCACUGGGAUCUGCAAUGAUGCAAAAGCGCCAUUCAUCAUCACGUCAGAGACGAAUGCGUCUCGUGCAGCUCAUAUCACUAAGAGCUAUAUUAUCCUGGGCAACUCUCACCGCGCGUGGAGUUUGGGUCAAGGGAUCCCAUCAUGUCCCAAGCCCAAGGUCGAUCCCAAAAAUGCCCUGUAUGCAGUAUUUACCUCGGGGUCGACAGGAAAGCCCAAAGGUGCCGUUAUAUCGCAUGAGUCGUGGUGCACGAGCGCGAAGGCCAACAGCGUCGCCCUAUCGUUACAUAACACUUCGCGAGUCUUCCAGUUCGCCGCCUAUGCGUUUGAUAUCAGCAUCGCAGAUCAUCUGCUGACCUUGGUGGCCGGCGGUUGUAUCUGCAUCCCUUCAGCCAGGGACCGAGAAGGAGAUCUUUCUCACGUCAUCCGCAGCCUGGAAGCCAAUUGGGCAUGUUUGACGCCGUCUGUGGCGCGCAUCAUUCAACCUCAAAGCGUCCCUUCACUUAAGACGCUAGUCCUCGCAGGCGAGCCCAUUGCGCCCGAGGAUAUCUCAACGUGGUCUCCAGCCGUGCAUUUGCUGAACCUAUAUGGCCCCGCCGAGUGUGCCAUACUUACCACUCUGAACCAAAACGUCAACAAUACGAAGGAUCCGAACAACGUUGGGCCGCCGACAAGCGCAGUAUGCUGGGUUUUGGACACAAAAAACGACCAGAAACUGGCACCCAUUGGGACAGUCGGGGAGCUCCUCGUGGAAAGUCCUAUCGUAGGCUACGGAUAUCUUAAUGAACCCAUCAAGACGGCCGCCAGCUUCAUCGCGCCAGAGGCCCACCCACUGUGGCUACGACGGCUCCGACGUUCAGAAAGCAACCCUCGUUCGCGUCUUUAUCGCACCGGCGAUCUAGUACAGUACACAGCAGAUGGUACGCUGCGAUUUAUUGGCCGCAAAGACACGCAGAUCAAACUGCGCGGCCAGCGCAUUGAACUUGGAGAGGUGGAGUACCACCUACGCCGCAGCUUCCCCGAAGCCGCUGAGGCCGUGGCUGAAGUCGUCGUGCCGAGAGAAGAUGGAACCAGAAGCAGUCGAAGCCCGCACCCAAUCUUGACGGCCUUCAUCCGUCAGCGGCGCGAGCAGAGCGGAGCCAUCCACGCACAAAUUGCCGCUGCUCUGCCUACUCUAAGAGCAUCCCUGCCGGCGUAUAUGAUACCCUCAGCAUUCCUCAGCGUGGAAUCAUUUCCCCUGAGCAAAUCCCGCAAGCUAGAUCGCGGCCGCCUGCGCAGCUGGGCCGCUGAAUUGCCCCGGGAGAGAUUCGUCAAUGCACCCACGCUGCAGAGGCGAGAGCCGUCCAGUCCGGUCGAGCAGACCCUGUUUCAGCUGUUUGCUGACACCUUGAAGAUCGAUCCCAUGGAUUUCGGGGUUGACCAUGACUUCUUCGGCUUGGGUGGUGAUUCGAUUCUGGCUAUGGGUUUGGUGGCGCGGGCCCGC